GUACGCAAGUCCAAGGCCACCUUUGAUCGUCUGAAGUUGGCCAGUAUGCAGAAAGUGGAUCUACUGGCUGCCAGUCGCUGCAAUAUGCUGAGCCAGGUCCUCGCCGCCUACCAAGACACACUGCUCCAGACAAUGGUUUCUGUGUCAGAGAGCUUUAAGGGCUACCAGUACUAUGAGUUCUCGUUGCUGAAGGAACUCACCCCGACGGUUCGAAAAUUGGCUCAAGAGACUUCAAACGCCGCUGAAGACGAAACUGAGAAUGAGUCUUCGCCGGAGUCUGAGGCGCCGCCCAUAAAUCCCUCGUCACCUAUUGAGCCAGAGGAAAGUGUCACAGCCGCAAAGGAUAGCACAAACGUGGACAAGAAACUGGACUCUCUUUUCCCUGACGACCUCCUGACAGCUGAUGACAGCCUACCACCUCCUCCCGAGGGCAAAAAUGACUCAUCAGACCUGCUCGGUGGACCCACAUCAAACGAAGAUUCUGAAUUUUUGAAUGAUAUCCUUUCGCUGGGCCCGUUGCCACCCACCACCGGCAGUGGUGAGGAUAAGACAGCAUCCGCCGCAUCUGAAAAGCCGUCCGGUAUUGACUCUCUGCCUCUAUUCGCCUUUUCAUCUCAAUUGGGACAGUCAGCUGAUGCAAGUGCCUGGCAUGCAGGGCGGCAGUGGCAGUGA